GUAUAUGCAAUGAUGCUGUUUAACAUAUCAAAGGUUGCUGACUAAGCCCAGCAUUCAUUUCAAGUGUUCACCUGACCCAGAGCAUGAAUUUGUCCAUUCAUUUCACUCCUCUGCUAAGCAACGCAUGUUGCUGAUGAGUGUUUGUGCGCAGUGUGUGCAGAUGCUUAGGCACCUAUCACAGGGCCAGUAUUAUGUUUGAGAGGUGUGGAUGGUUGUUUAUCUUCUCUUUAGUCUACAGAGGUUUAUCUGAUCAAACUGAAGAAUGGUGUGUUUAGCAGUAUAGCCAGUGUGUGGUCAGGCAGCCACUGCUAUGGCAAGUGCAAAUGCAGAGAAACAGCGGCCUUGUAGGCGCCCAUGGAGGAAGAGCAAUCAAAGUCUUCCAGGCAGGCUGUUCUGCUGCUCAUGUUGGCGAGGUGAGGAGAGGGAUACUCAGCAGGAGCAGGAAAAGAAGAUGAACGCAGGCCCUCAGCAUUCAUACUUGGAUCAAGUGGAAUCAAGGGAGAGGGAGGCUAUCCAGAUUACAGUAGAGGAUCUGGGAAUAGUUAACACCAGCUUCACCCUGUUCGAGGAGGUCCCCGUCACCUCGAUGAACAGCAUGGUCCGCUCAGCCAGCUCUGUGUCAGCCUGCCGGAGGGCUCUGAAAAAGCAACGCCUGAAGCCUCUGUCUUCACUUGCUAUAGAGUCCCAUUCCCAACCGGCCAUCACUUCUACCAGUGGAGACUAUGAUGAAGAAGACGAGGCAGACCCGUUGCUGUUGGAGAGUGGCACGGAUAAAAAACAAACUUGUGAUAGCCUCCUGACACCACCUGUUAUUAAUCUGAUCCCUCCCACUCCCUCCAACGUUGUUGACGACGAUCAGUUCUUUGACAGGAAUUCAGAAGAAAGUGUGGCACAUACAUCUGGCAGUGAUGGAACCUUUGCUGCUAGUGACCAGGAGAGUUAUGAGGAAAAGAUGGAGAGUGUGGAGACAGAGGAGUCAACAGAGGAAUUCACACUGGCUGAGAAUAAGGUCAGUGCUGAUUAUACAGCUGAGCCUAAAGAGGACCCAAGUGAUGAGUGUGGAGAAGAAAGAGAGGCUACAACAGUCAAAGAGGGGGAUGAAGAGAAAACAAAGCCCAGGUUCUUACGUUGCGCCUACCAGGUGGUUCCUCUCCCUAAGUACCCCCAGAAAAGAAACUUCAACACUGGAAUAAAUCUUUUGUCAUUUACUGAGCACAACUUGGAUGAACUGAGCAACAGAGAUGUGAGCUGCUCCAACAUGCUGAAAGCUGAACUCUGUCGGCUUCCUCACGCUGUCAACAUGGAGACAUUUACUCACCAAAGGAGGCCAGUAACGCGCUCCUACAGUUUUGGGGACACACCAACCAGGAGUGCUACUUUCCACGCUUUAACCCAGAACACAGAGCACCAGGAAAAGGAGGGGUCGCCACGACGACGACGCAUAACCGUUGCUUCAUAUAUGCCGUCUAUUCCUUCUAAGGAUCAGAAUGGAAACUUCCCUGAGAAGGACGUUGACAGGCAAGUGGCCAAAUGUCUUCGGGAGCUGAACACAGAUGAAGUCUGCCAAUGGUUCACUAGUAUUGGACUACAGAAAUGUCUUCCUUUCAUCAGAGAAGUAAAACUGUGUGGCGCAGAUAUUGCUUUGGUGGAUGUGAAGACUCUGGACAUCCUGCAUAUCGCCACACUGGAAGAUAGGGAGCUGCUACUGUCGGCCAUUUAUAAUGAGCUGCACCCCCCCAGCAAUGUCACCCAGAGGCUCAACUCUCUGCUUGAAUCCUUAGGCCCUAAUAACGUUGAGACAUUCACUGCAACAUUAGCGUCAAUGAGCAAAUCUAAGUCCUCUCCUCAUGUGAGCUGCCUGAGAAUGAAUCGGCGUUCCCUCAAUCUCAGAAACAACAGCCAAAACUACAAGGUGCAGAGGAAUUCUCAACUGAUAGAGAUUACUAUUAAUGAAUCUGAGCGGAUAGUUCAUCUCAGAACUCCAAAGGAAACAACAGUGGGAAAAAUCAUGGAGUCAUGCAUCAAAAUGUUGGGAAUGACAGAAGAUAAGAGCCUUUUCAUACUGAAAGAAAACCAAGGUUCAUCAGAGGAGCUCCCACCAGAUCAGCAGAUUGGGAAUCUACUGACACUGACAUCAGAGAACAGACAAUUGGAGCUCCAUUUGAGUAAAAGGGAGAAGUCCUCAGGUAUUGAUUCACACAAAAAUCCAGAACUCAACAGUUCUAAUGAGAACAGCAAUGUCAACAAAAAUGUGGAGGUAAACCAGCUAGCUAAAGAAGAGAGGAUCAAGGAGCUAAACCAACAGGUGGACUCGCUACAAAAUGUUAUCCUUCAGGUCCAGGAGCUCCACCACGGUCUUGUGGCAUUUUGCUCAGAGAUAAAGAACAUGGAUGGAGAUUUGGAUGUAGACAGGCUCGGCUCUGCGGAGCUGAUGCAGAGGCUGGAGUUGGUUAAAAGCCAACUCCAUGAGAAGAGGCAGAGCCUGCAGACCCUCAGAGACAACAUUAACAACUCCAUGGCUCACAAGAAGAAACAGUUGGAUGUUCGUCUCUUGGAAAAGAUGAAGCUGAACUGCCAUGUGUUUAAGGAGGAGAUUUCCAUGGUACAUCUCAACCGGCAGGCGGCUCACCUCCAAAAUGCUUUGCAAGAAAGCUAUGUUAAGGAGAAAGCUCGGAAAAAGGGUUUGGACAUUGGUAGCCUGAGCCAGCUGGUGUCACAGCAGUCUCCUGCCAUGCUACUGGUUGUACAGGAGAACCACAACUCCGAUGGCCAUUAUGGCUUUACGUGUCGCUACAGAGAAGAUAGCGGACUAGUGGUGGUCAAGGCGGACAACUCUCACCUCUGUGUGGAUGACAGGUAACACACAGACACAUACAAAACCAAGUUAUGCGGUUA